CGUCACGGGUUCCCACGAUGCACUGGGAGGCCACUAAGAUGGCGGCGCCCAUGGCAUGGGGCGGCCUGGUCCUAACCCUCUUCGGGAGGCCAAGAUCCUUCCUUUCGGUCUCCGGGAAGGUUGCGGUCCGAAUCCGGAGCCGGUGUAAAAGUGGCAGGAAUGUCCUGCAGCUUCACCGGCGAGGCAUCUUUAAAGACAUCUUCCCAGAGGGCGGUGAUCUGCCCCGGCUGCUCGAGUCCGGGCCCCAGACCGUGUACUGCGGCUUUGAUCCCACUGCUGACAGCCUGCAUGUGGGCAACCUGUUGGCUCUCAUCGGCCUGCUGCACUUCCAGCGGGCAGGCCACCGAGUCCUGGUGCUGCUUGGCGGAGCCACAGCUCGGCUGGGCGAUCCGAGCGGCCGGAGCAGCGAAAGGGAGGCCGUGAGUGCGAACACGGUGCAGGAGAACGCCCGGGGCAUCCAGGAGGGGAUCCUCGGCGUCUUCCAUAACCACCGCCUCUGCUUCUGCAACGAUGCUGAGGCGGCCAAUUUGGGGUCACUCAGUAUUCUCAAUAACUGGUCUUGGUAUAAGGAGAAGGAGGUGGUUGGCUUCCUGGAUACAGUGGGUCGGCACUUUCGCAUGGCCACCAUGCUGAGCAGACACAGUGUGCAGUCCCGGCUCAAGAGCUCAGAGGGCAUGAAUUUGACUGAGUUCACUUACCAGAUGUUUCAGGCAUACGAUUUUUAUUAUUUAAAUCAACAUCACAAUUGCAGAAUCCAACUGGGAGGGACAGAUCAACUGGGUAACAUGAUAUCUGGAUACGAAUUUAUACACAAGGUGACUGGGCAAGACGUAUUUGGCAUCAUGGUACCACUUGUAACUAGUUCAUCAGGAGACAAGCUGGGUAAAACUGCAGGAAAUGCAGUAUGGUUGAACCGAAACAAGACUUCGCCCUUUGAGUUGUACCAGUACUUUGUCAGGCAACCAGAUUCAAAUAUAGAAAGGUAUCUAAAACUUUUUACCUUCAUCCCACUUCCUGAGAUUGAAAGCAUUAUGGACAUCCAUAGAAAUGAUCCAGGAAAGCGAAAUGCCCAGAAACGACUGGCAGCAGAAGUGACCAAAUUGGUUCAUGGUAAAGAAGGACUAGAGACUGCCAAAAGAUGUACAAGAGCACUCUAUCAUAGUAGUAUGGAUGCCCUAGAGACUAUGUCAGAUGAAGAACUGCAAGAAUUAUUUAAAGAGGCACCAUUCUCCGAGAAUCUCCUUGAGCCAGGCACAACAAUCCUAGACCUUUGUCGUAAAGCUAGUGCUAUUCCAGAUGGACCAAGAGGGUACCAGAUGAUCACAGAUGGUGGAAUUUGGAUUAAUCACAGACAAGUGACAAAACCAGAACAAGUGCUAAUUUUGGGACAGCAUAUUCUGACAAAUGGGCUGUCAUUGCUUAGAGUUGGAAAGAAAAAUUAUCACAUAGUCAAAUGGCUCAAUUUGGCAGAAUAGUUACUGUGGUUUGUGGAUGUUAAUUUGCUUUGAUAAUGAAUAUGUAUUUCAGAUUUAAUUUAAAAACAUGUUGGAGGCAUCAGUUCAAAUGGAGGGAUCUGGAGUCAUGUGGAGUUCUAAUCAUGUCAUUGUCAAGGUUUAACACCUAGGGGUGGUUCCAUUAACCCUAGCAAUAGACUUCAAGACCUGAAAUUGGAAAAGCUUUCAAAUUGUAAUUCUUGUUAUAUUUAUUGUGUAAAUGUUGAAGAUUUUGAAUGAAUCACUUUUCAUUAACAGCAUAUCUUUUCUGUAAAGGGACAACUAUAAACCAUUUCUCUUGGUCAAUCAAUUAUAUUAGAUGGAUCAAUAUGAA